CGGGCGCGGGCCCGGCGGGCGGGGCGGGUGUAUGGCGGCGGCGCUGUCCGCCCUCGCCGCCAGGCUCUCCCAGUCGGCCGCCGCCCGCUCCUACGGCGUCUUCUGCAAGGGGCUCACCAGGACCCUCCUCAUCUUCUUCGACCUGGCCUGGAAGCUCCGCAUCAACUUCCCCUACCUCUACAUCGUCGCCUCCAUGAUGCUCAACGUGCGGCUGCAGGUCCAUAUUGAGAUCCACUGAUUGGUGACUUGGUGUGCUGCUUGCACUGUUUGCUGCAACUACAAUCUGUCACACUCCUCCCAGUCCAGCCUGUUGUGAAAGCAUCAGAGCUGUGCUCACGUGCUCCAGGACUAUGAAGAAAGAAGAUUUAACCCAGAACCCAGUAUGUGACGAUGGCCCAGCUCAUCCCAAGGCAGCAGCUCACCUGACACACGUGCAUUCCGUGUUGGACAGCUCUCAAAAUCAGAGUAGCAGUUUACAAGAAUUAUUUAACACGAGGAAUUGUUCUCUCUUCAGUACUAUACCUCUGCCUCCUGUUGGCAAGGAAAUGCCUCUGAGUUUCAGUGAAUCAGCAGGGAUGAACUCAAGUGCAGCUGCUCCUUGGAAGGAUUCAUUUCAUCUGCAUUUUUCUUCUGGCAAAGACGGUCCUGAUCUGGUUUCUCACUGCAUUGCUGGUAUUUCAGUAAGGGGCUGGCUGGAGAAAGCUUGGAGCCUUUCUGGAGACUUCAGCUCCUGCUGUCCAGGAGACAACUUUGUAUGUUUUGCACAGUUCUGGCUGGGACAUUUGCAGUGUAACAAAACCCCGUGGUUUCUGGGAUUAGGAACGAGCAGCAGCAAAGAGAA